AUGACUAGAAACCAGUCGGUCCAUAUUUCAAGAUGCUUCGAUAGCCUGGAGGAUUCGCAGACAAACCUUUUGUCGUAUAGCACCAGUCCGGUUGAGAAUCAAGAUACAGAAGACGCGCAGCACCCGGGCGCAUAUCAAAGAGAGAAGGAAGAGACAUCAAUAAAUUCUUCACAAACGGACGUGACAUUGAACGACACAGAAAAGCUUCCGCCAAGAAGAACGCAUCGACCGUGGUCGGCGCUUCGAGAAAGAUGGCGCAAUUUGAAACUCGCAACACCAUCGAAAAAAGCAAACAUCCCCAGCGAUGGAGAUGAAUGGACCAAAGGAGUGAAAUUUGCUAUGCGAUGGACUGCUCUGGUGCUCUUUGUGAACAUUGUCCUGGCGAUUAUCGCAAUCGCGAUGGGCUACUCGGGUUCCUCAGCCAGCAAUGAUCGAUCUACAGUUUCGACAGCGAUCUAUGAUGGAAAAUGUUCAGUCUCCGGCGGCUGGGCUUCAGGGCUACAUGUCUUGAUCAACAUCCUGAGUACGGGUCUACUAGCCGCGAGUAAUUAUGCGAUGCAAACACUCAGUGCUCCGUCACGCGAAGAUGUGGAUGCUGCUCAUUCUAAAGGAAAAUGGCUAGAUAUUGGGAUCUUCAGCUACAGGAAUAUUCUCGCCAUGGACAAUAGACGCAAAUUGAUCUGGUUGGUGCUUUUGCUGACCUCAGUGCCUAUUCAUUUGAUGUAUAACUCGGUCGUUUUCUCCUCCAUGGCCACUAACCUGUACGGACUGGUCUUGAUUCCAGAUGAUCUGGGCAGAGAUGAAAUGAUCUCCAAUGGGAACAACUAUACCGCCGAAGGAAUCCGCAAAACAGUUGGGUAUAGUGCGCAGGAUCUGCAAGCCGAGAUUUUCAACGGUACCCUAAAGAAUCUGACCCUGGAAGAGUGCGUGGAUGCCUACGCGGUCGAAUAUAACACCCAUCGCACGACCGUGGUGUUGGUCGCCGAUCGCGAACAUUUCAACAAUUACUCUAGUCUUCAGGCUUAUUAUGGUAUGUCGAGCCAAGACUACUUCGGUUAUAAUUCCUACCGGUACUCUUGGAUGUGCACGCAAGAGCGUCCCGUGAGCUGCACGAAAGAAGAUGUUAUGGAUCUAGUAAAUCGCGGGAAAUGGUCUGUCUGGGCUGAGUAUUGGGCGUAUCGAGAUUGGACGUUCCACGAUCCUAGUCACAAUGGGAUGAACCGGAGUUUCUCAUGCGAUUACAAUCUGGUCGAGCAUCUUUUCGACAAAAACAACACGCCUUUGAGAACCGAUCUUGGAACCCUUUGCAACUAUAUCACGACAUACAACCCCAAUGAAGAGCGGCUGGGGCAGUAUUUGAAGUCUGCUUCUCACUGGGAGAACAGCACCUGGGCGUCGCAAGUUUCAUUCCAAUGGCAGAACUAUACAGACUCUGUGACCAGUUUCGAUGACCCAUUGUAUUCACCAGCGCUUGAAGUCUCCGUAUCCCACUGCAUGAGCAAGGAGAGCGAGGAAAAGUGUCAGUUAUUGUUUAGUUUGCCAAUAUGCCUCGUGAUCAUUCUAUGCAAUAUGAUCAAACUAGUUGGAAUUUGCCUGGCAGCGAAUACUAAGCGGAAGAGCAUUUUCCUGACGGUCGGCGACGCAAUAUCCUCAUUUCUGUCGUCGCCGGAUCCAUCGACGAAGCAUCUAUGCUUUCAGGAGGCCCCGGAAUGGGAUGAUAAAGAAGAGGUUCUGAGGAAAGAGUCAUAUGUAACAAGACCGUUUGGUUUGAGUUCUCCAAGGGAACACGGUCAUCACAGUACGCCUCUCAAGCGUUUUAUCUCCAUGAGCUCCCUAUAUGCAUCUGGAGAUGCCGAUCGCGGCUCCAAACCCCGGAACCUCUCCUGUCCAAGGAGGUGGUAUCAGGCAGUAAGUUUAAGAUGUUGGAUGCUACUACUUUUCAUCAUAAUUUCUUCCUAUAUUACCGCUACCGUCUUAUUCCAUAUUGGAAGUGGCCAGCGCUACCCAUACCAAGUCACCCUGCAAACCUCGUGGGAAACCGGCUUCGGCAAGCCCAGUUCCGUCGCGAUGAUCGGCCAAGCGGCGCAAAGCGUCAUGGAAGUGGUCCUUCUCAGCAAUCUCCCCCAGCUAGUGCUCUCCGUAUUAUACUUCCUCAGCAAUGGAAUAUUAAUAAACAUGGUCGUUGCAGCCGAAUACAACGACUACGCAAUCCAUCGAAACCCGCUCCGAGUGUCCUGGCCGAAAGGCCAACAACGAUCAACCCGCUACCUCAGCCUACCUUAUCGGUACAGGGUGCCGUUUGUGAUUUUUUCAGUCGGGCUGCACUGGCUCAUGUCGCAGAGUCUCUUCUUUACACAAGUCCGACUGUUCGAUAUCGAUGGCGAACUUGUCGAGCGUUGGAGUACGACUCGGUGUGGGUAUUCGCUGGUGGCUAUUCUUACUACUUUGAUUGUGGGAGCGAUCGCUACGCUUACCUUGGUGGGGCUUGGUCUGCGAAAAUAUAAGUCGAAUAUGCCGCUUCCUAUCUAUAGUAGUGUGGAAAUCAGUGCUGCUUGCCAUCCCCCGCCGGAUGAUCAGGAUGCAGCCUUGAAGCCCGUGAUGUGGGGUGUACCUAUAGACGGUGCAUAUGGUGGGAAUACAGUGGACGCAAGAUCGGGAUAUUUUACCUUUACUUCACAGGAGGUUUUAACAUGA